AUGAGCAGCACGAGCAGCUCCAAGAGCAGUUCGAAAAGUAGCAAGAAGAGCAGCAAGAGCACUUCUUCCAGCAAUCGCAACGGCUCGAGUCGCAGCGGGAAGUCUUGUCGCAGCCAUGCCAGCAAAAGCCGAAACAGCAAGUCCAAAAGCAAAUCGAAAAAGUCGUAUGAAGACGACGGUUGUCAGCUGACAACAGUGCCCACAGUAAUCUCGUUACCUCCCACGGUGGCUCCUUCUAUUGGUAAUAAUACCAACAUGACUACUCUAGCGCCCACCAACGUGACAACGUCUUCGCCAACCAUCACCCCCGAACCAGAACAAACAAUUCCACCUUCUUCCCAAACUACAACAAGUGCACCUCCUAAGGAAUCACCGAGUCCAACCACAGCCAUGUCAUCAAGUCCGCCCGACAUCACGUUAGCACCAACCAUCACGGCUCCCUCGUCUAUCCCUGUCACCAGCGUUCCAACGAUAGCCCCAAGCAAUACAUCCUCCAAUCUUCCAACAACCAAUGCCACGAUACUUCCCACGGUAGCCCUUACUCUAUCGCCCAGCAACACAACAAACAAUGCAUCACUCCCGCCCUUCACCAUCCUGCCGACCAAUAACACCACUACAAUGCGUAAUGCAACCGACAUUCCCACUCUAUCCCCCACAAUCAACUCGACCAACUCAUCCACUCCAAUCACUACCAUUGCCCCAACCAUGGGCAACGGGACAGACCCAGUGGCAGGAAACUCCACAGCAGUCAACAACAAUAACACUGCGACAAACCCACCACUACUCGGAAACAACACUAAUGCAACCGACAUUCCCACUCUAUCACCCACAAUCAACUCGACCAAUUCGUCAUCUACUCCAAUCACUGGUACCAUUGCCCCCACCGUGCUCAACGGGACAGAUCCAGUGGCUGGAAACUCCAGCACAACAGUCAACAACAAUAACACUGCGACAAACCCACCACUGCUCAGAAAUAACACUAAUGCAACCGACAUUCCCACUCUAUCACCCACAAUCAACUUGACUAAUUCUUCUACUCUGAUCUCUAGUACCAUUGCCCCCACCGUGCUCAACGGGACAGACCCAGGUGCUGGAAACUCCAGCACAACAGUCAACAACAACACUGUGACAACCCCACCACAAGUCGGAAACAACACUCAAUCGGCAAACAACAUGACGACAACAACCAAUAAUAGUACAAUGGCUCCUAGUACAACGAUUCCAGGACAAGGAACCAACGCUACUACAUCCAACACCACAACAAUCCAAACCCCCAGCAACGCGACCAACGGUAAUGCCACAGCAGCCGUUCGUACAGGCAACGUUGCAAGAACCAAGUCGUUGACCUUUCGCGCCCAACUAGAGAUUGUCUUUUUCGAGGGAGAAGGACGAGAACCCACCGCGGCAGAAGUGGACGCGCUCAUGGGCGAAACGGAACUGUUCUUUGUCCAUCUCUUUACGACGACCAACUCGAGCAUUCGAAACGCAUUUGUCUCGUUUGACGUGGAUCAUGUGGAUUCCACGUAUUAUGACGACGCCAAUAAUGCGACGGACCGAUUCCAAGUCGACUUUGACGCCAUUCUCCAGGUGGAACAAGGAAGCGCGGCUACUACUCUGGUGACCAUGGAUACCAUUGCCAUGGUGGUGGAUCAUGCGGACUACAAUGAUUACAUUAGCAACUAUGUGUGGUUGAGUGAACCGUUCAUGAGAAACGAGUUUUAUCAAACACAUCAAGUCACAUUGACCUGUCAUGCCUUGGGGAUCAACGUCCAACGACGAAUGGCAAAACAGCAGUAG